AUAUAUAUAUACACGAACCUUCCUCGUUAUUUCCUCCCAAGAACAUCUCUCAAACAUUCUUCUUAUUCAUCCAAUAAUUUUUUGAUCCCCACACACACACUCACAUCAUCAACCACAUAUAAAAUCUCCUCAUAAACCCUAUAAACCCUAGCUAGUAGCUAGUUUCAACAACUCUCUCGUGUUCCAAAUCCAAGAAACAGUUCAGCAUCAAUUUAGCAAUGGCCAAAGUCGGGAAGCUGACAAAGCUCAAGUCGGCGAUGAAGAAAUGGCCUUCUUUCGCCAAGAACCACCACCACUCAACCUCGUCAGCCGCUGUUUCCGACGAACUCUCAGAGGACAGCAAUCUCCAUGUGGUUUAUGUUGGCCAGACACGAAGACCUUACAUGCUUAGACCAGACAUCAUCUCUCAUCCACUCUUUCAAGAACUCGUAGAUCGAUCUUCUAGAUCAUCCGUCGAGCAAGAUCGUGAGAUUGUUGUAGCUUGUGAAGUCGUUUUGUUCGAGCACUUGUUGUGGAUGCUCAAGUCUGGUCAAGAAGGAGGAUCCGUUGAAGAGUUGGCUGAGUUCUAUACUUAUUGACAUGGACCGAUUGAUUUUAUACAUUUAUUUCGUAUAAUAUAUAUUACUUUUUUUUGUUUGUUCUUGUUUUGUUGUUGCUGAUAAUUUGUAUUUUGAUUCGAUGCGGUGUGUGAUCCAAACAUGAUCUCUUAAACCAUGUCAUUUGCUUCUGUUUUUCUGAGCAUUUUACGAUGAAGAGCAUAUGUAGUUUCUUAAACCAACAAAGAAUAAUUUUCUUGA